AUGAAUCAACAAGCGUUGCUAGUCCUGCUGCUAGCCUCCGGUGUUAGGGCUGCGUUGCCACGAUUGACCACCACAGCCGAUACCACUUCCACCACCUCCAAAAGCUCGACCACCACGGGCAAAACUUCGACCAAGACUUCAAACUCCUCGGAUUCCUCGGGCACAACAUCGUCCCGCACAACCAGCUCCUCCAGCUCGUCGACGUCAACGUCAUACACUUUCACUGCUGAGGUGCCCUCGGAGUCCUCGCCCUUCAUCCAGACCGAUUCUGACGCGACAGGAACCCUCUUCAUAAUAGUCGGAGUGAUCAUUUUAUCCGGUUUCCUCUUGUUCAUGCUGUGGAGAGCGAUCGCGCAUUUUCGGUCCUGGAGAGCAGCGAAACAAACCGUCAAAUUUGAAAAGAUGUAUCAAUUUGGCAAUACAAGUGCAUUCAGUGAUAACGAUAGCAUGCUCGCCUACGACUCGAGCGUUUUCCACCAGAAAGGAAUUUUCAACAACAGCAAUAUCAGCUAUAUGGACGGUGAAAGUACCAUCGGGUUGGACCACCGUUCGGUUUAUUCGUUCCAGUCCAACUUCGAUGACACUACUAGCUCCCAAGGAAGAACGCUGAAGAAUGCUCUGACGAAUAAUAGUGCACUUUUGAACCAAGUGCCCUCGCGAUCGAGAAUAUCUUAUAUUUCUCCCGUCAACGAACUCAUAAAGCAACAAAUGAUGAACUUGAAUCCGCCUCCAAUGAGUGCAGGCAGUGAUUCUAGUUUCAAUAUCACCACUCCAAGCUCAGCUUCUACGCCGAGAGCGUUAGAACGGCACGAUGUACUAGGAGGGCCCAAUUUCAGUCUGGAUUCUGAAAAGAACUGGAGCAAUUCCUACCAUACUCCUGAACAGGGAAGUGGUACUCCAAAGGGUAAUAAGCACAAACGGCCGCCGAGCGUGGUGCUUGACGAGCUUUUGAACGACAAGUUUGAUUUUGACGAGAAAAAUAUAUAG